CGAGAUCGACGGUUGCACUGACAAAUGGAAAUAAGGAAUUGCCAAAGGGGCCCGCCCACAGAAGGGAAACUAGUGGAGGUGGCGGCUGCAGUGGCGGUCGCCGCCGGACACACCUCAGCGCGGAGGACUGGGCGCGCACAAAGCUUACCUUGACCUCUUCCCGUCUGCCUUCAGCUUUGAUUUGUGACCCUGGGCUCUUCUGGGCUCCUCUGACCCAGUUAGCCACACCUCAGACCCAAACCAUGUUCCCGGUGAAGGUGAAAGUGGAGAAAUCAGAGUUGGAGAUGGCCAAGGCCCGGAACCAACUUGAUGCUGUUUUGCAGUGUCUGCUGGAGAAGAGUCACAUGGACAGGGAGCGUCUGGAGGAGGAAGCUGGGAAAACCCCCUCAGACACCCACAACAAGGAUUGUUCCAUUGCAGCCACUGGCAAACGGCCAUCCGCCCGCUUCCCCCACCAGCGGAGGAAGAAGAGGAGGGAGAUGGAUGAUGGGCUGGCUGAGGGAGGCCCACAGCGAUCCAACACGUAUGUGAUCAAGCUGUUUGACCGGAGUGUGGACUUGGCUCAGUUCAGUGAGAACACACCGCUCUACCCAAUCUGCCGAGCCUGGAUGCGCAACAGCCCCUCAGUGCGUGAGCGUGAACGCUCACCCAGCUCACCACUGCCCCCACUGCCUGAGGAUGAGGAGAGUUCAGAGGUCACCAAUAGCAAGAGUCGUGACGUGUACAAGCUGCCUCCACCCACAGCCCCUGGGCCACCUGGAGAUGCUUGCAGAUCCCGAAUUCCAUCCCCCCUGCAGCCUGAGACCCAGGGUACCCCUGAUGAUGAGGCCUCCGAGCCUGAGCCCUCACCAUCCACGCUCAUCUACCGCAACAUGCAGCGCUGGAAACGCAUCCGCCAGAGGUGGAAGGAGGCAUCUCAUCGGAACCAGCUUCGGUACUCAGAAAGCAUGAAGAUCCUACGGGAGAUGUAUGAGCGACAGUGAUGUUCCCCUGCCCACCACAUCCCCCCAAUAAACAUUCCCCUCCUUCCCA